AUGGGCUCAACUCAGUGGGCCAGCGGUGGAGAAGGAGGGGCGCGCACAGCCGAUGACCCAUCUUCGCCGGCAUCACAUGGUGUACCCAAGCGAGCCCAGCAAAUUGGGCCAGCAGUCCUUCUGGAUAGUCCUUACGGCCCGGCAACAGCCCGGCCCGAGAUAGGUCUCUCCAUUGAGGAAGAAGAGCACAAUCUCGGAAGUGCACGACUGGAGUUGGAACAACGACUCGAAACAAGUGGACGGCUCUUCAGCCUCCUCCAGCUUAUUCAGGCGAGCCACAAGGCCCGUCCUUUGCGUUUUUGGUGCCGGGUCAAAAAUUCGGGCCGUGGCCAAAGUGAGAGGCAUAAGAGGAGGGCUAUUGGGAGUAGCUUGAGAGUGGAAUUCAUUUUGAUUGUAGUCAAUUUUAGUUAA